AUGGCCACAUCACAGAUCGAGACCCUCUCAGACAUGUGGACUUCUGUCCUUGCCGAGUGCUUCUCUGCAGAGGAAGGCUUUCAACUCACCCGCACGACGAUCAUGCUCACUUCCCCUUCUGACAAAAGCUGCGAAGCUCCCAUUUUCCACCGAGUGCUCAAGGCCUCUAACGCUAAAGGCAAGACUCUCUUCACAAUCCUGAUUGCCGCCCCGGUCGCCUGGCCCCCAGCAGCAACGGCAGAUCCUCAGAAGGCCUUGCGAGCCCUCUGCGGCAAAAUCCUGCGCUGCUACUUGCCGCGCCAUACCAUCGAUGAAUCCCCCAUUCCAGUCGUUGGAGCGGUGGUCGUCGGCGACGAGCUGCGACUUUGCUGGGACUUGUCGGUGCACGGAACGCAUGGGUUGAAGCGCACGAUUGAGAAUGUCGUGGGACGGGAGCUGAAUGAGCGGAGCCAAACCAGGCAUGCCCAUUCGCGGGAUGGCCAAUUCGUUGCGACCUUGUUGAGGGAGGUCAAAGCGUUUCUCAAGCCGUGGUCACAGAGCGGGAAAGUGGAUGGUCAUACAGAGAAUGGAGAUGAUGCUGGUGAGGUGGAUGGCGAUGCAGCGGAAGACGAGAUUACGCCCGAGUUGGCCGACGCGUACUUGCGCGAGGUCGUGGCUGGGAGUGCUAAGUUCGAUGUAGCCUCUUUCACUAUGCUGGACUUGGAUGGUUGA